AAAUAGCCCUAAACUCUCGCUGCUCCGAUCAAACGAAAAACCAAAGCCAAACAAAGUCACAGUGUUACCUCUCCCCAUCCGUCGGAUUGGCCUAGCUAAGGCAUUUCCAGUGCCAAUCACAGCCAUCCAGCGCACGUGUACGAAGCUUAAUUCCGUUCAUUUCACGAUGGACGUGCGCCAGAGAUCGACGAACAAACCCACCGCGCCGAUGAAAAUUCGAGUGGUCGUGGAUGAUGAGAAGGAGCCCAGAGCCUCGGACGCUCUGCCUCUGCCUCUGUACUUGACCAAUGCGGUGUUCUUCACCAUCUUCUUCUCGGUGGUCUACUUCUUGCUGACGAGGUGGCGCGAGAAGAUCCGCAACUCGACUCCUCUUCGCAUCGUCGACCUGUCCGAGAUCGUGGCGUUGGUAGCCUUGGUCGCCUCCUUCAUAUACCUCCUCGGCUUCUUCGGCAUCGAUUUCGUACAGUCUAUUUUUCGGCCGUCCGCCGUCGACGUCUGGGCCGCCGAAUACGACAAAAACCAUGCCGACGACGUGAUUCUCAAGGAGGAAGCUCGGAAGGACCCUUGCGGCGUCGAUUGCGCACCGCCUCCACCCCAGGUCGUGGAGACUCUGGUGAGCGAAGAGGACGAGGAGAUCAUAAAGUCGGUGGUGGCGGGGAAGACGCCGUCGUACAGUCUGGAGACGACGCUGGGCGAUUGCAAGAGGGCGGCUUCGAUCCGGCGAGAGGCGGUGCAGAGGAUGACCGGGAAGUCACUGGUUGGGUUGGCGCUUGAGGGCUUCGACUACCAGGCCAUACUGGGUCAGUGCUGCGAGAUGCCGGUCGGCUACGUUCAGAUUCCGGUGGGAAUUGCCGGGCCGCUCUUGCUGGACGGCAGGGAGUACUCGGUGCCGAUGGCCACCACGGAGGGUUGCUUGGUGGCGAGCACCAACAGGGGCUGCAAGGCCAUCCACCUGUCCGGCGGCGCAAACAGCGUGCUGUUGAAAGAUGGGAUGACCAGAGCUCCGGUUGUCAGGUUCGCCACCGCCCAAAGGGCUGCUAAGUUGAAAUUCUUCUUGGAGAGCCCACAAAACUUCGAAACCUUGUCCAUGGUUUUCAACCGGUCAAGUAGAUUCGCGAGGCUCCAGACAAUCAAGUGCGCGAUUGCCGGGAAGAACCUUUACAUCAGAUUCUGUUGCAGCACGGGGGAUGCUAUGGGGAUGAACAUGAUCUCCAAAGGUGUCCAGAACGUCUUGGAUUUCCUCCAGAAAGAUUUCCAGGACAUGGAUGUAAUUGGCAUCUCCGGUAACUUCUGUUCCGACAAGAAGCCUGCUGCGGUGAACUGGAUUGAGGGGCGUGGCAAGUCCGUGGUUUGUGAGGCUAUCAUAAGCGGUGACGUGGUGAGGAAAGUCCUCAAAACCAACGUGGAAGCCUUGGCGGAGCUCAACAUGCUCAAAAACCUUGCUGGUUCCGCAGUGGCCGGAGCUCUCGGCGGCUUCAAUGCCCAGGCCAGUAACAUCGUCUCUGCUAUUUACAUAGCCACCGGCCAAGACCCUGCUCAGAAUGUUGAGAGUUCUCACUGUAUCACGAUGAUGGAAGCUGUCAACGAUGGAAAGGAUCUCCACGUCUCUGUCACCAUGCCUUCUAUCGAGGUUGGUACAGUUGGAGGAGGUACCCAGCUUGCUUCUCAGGCGGCAUGCUUGAACUUGCUUGGGGUGAAGGGUGCAAACAGAGAGGAAGCAGGAUCAAACGCGAGGCUGCUGGCCACCAUUGUAGCUGGAUCUGUUCUUGCCGGCGAGCUCUCCCUUAUGUCUGCUCUGGCAGCCGGGCACCUUGUUCGGAGCCACAUGAAGUACAAUAGGUCGACCAAAGAUCUUGUUUCCAAGGUUUCCUCUUAAGGAAACACAAAUCAUGAUGUAAACAUGCAUGCAAAAUCAGCUCUGAUACAAAUCAACUGUCAAGUAGGCAUGAACGUCAUAAAAAUACAUAUAUAGCAGAACCCUGCAAAAGAAAUUCCGUUUGUUUGUAUUCUUUUUUCGUUUACUUAAUUAUCGAAUUUCAAGUCAUGUAACAAGUACCUGCAAGUUGUGUACUGUGACUGAAAGGUUUCCAGUAUAUCAUUUUAUUCUUUCAAGAUCAUACUCGUUCUGUACGUACGUUUUUACUUUUUAGUCUCUUGUGCUAUAAUAUAUUCGUAAAUAAAACAUAAUAUUUAGUGGGAA